ACUUACCAAUAAAAGUGAGUUUAUGUGGUUGAUAUUGAAUUGAUAAAGUAAAAAUAAAUUAAUAAUGACUUAGAACCACACAAAUUUUACUAAAUUUCGUAUGAGACAAUCUUAGUGAGACAGAUCGAAAAGGAAAAAUGGAACAUUCUUAGCGGGACAGAGAGUAUUAUUUUAGUUCAAAUUAAAAUAAAAAAAUUACUUAAGAAAAAAUAAAAAACUAAUAUGCACUUCUUCUAAAUGGACUGCUCCUCGAGUAGUUAGACAUGAACAAGAAACAAAAUAUAAAUCAUUUCUCAAGGGUGCAUAUUAUAAGGAUAAAAAACAAAAAACAAAAUAUAAGACCAAUAACAACAGAGUAAAAAGAGAAAAGAAAGAUAACAAAGAUAAAAAGAGAUAAGAAAGAUAAAAAGAAAGCGUAAGCUAAAAAAGAUAAGUUAAGAAUAUCAAAUUAAUGUGGUGUAUGUAUUUGUUUAAGUUAUAAGGAUUGCAUAUUCAGAUAUUCUAAGUGCAGGUAGUGCGUGUUAAGAGUUCUAAUACUCCGUACUAAUUUAAGACCAAAUCUUAAUACAUGGACACUAGAAAGGUAGACGAAAGGAGGAGAGAACUAUCAUUGCAAUUUUGUGUAUUUCGAACCGAUGCAGUAUCCUGAUUACUUUUGCAAUUAUUGUUAUGUUUUACAUUAAAAGCAUUUCAUGAAGUCAUUUUUUAAAAAUUAAUAAAAGUUUUAAGGCUACAAAUAAUAUUAAUAAAAGGUUUAUAAAUCUCUCAGAAUGCCCGUUUGCCCGAUGUUGAAAGCCACACAAAUCCCAUACAUAAAUAUUAGCAGUUCUUUUCUUCAUUUGCAAAAUCUGCUCCAUCAUUUGUAUCUAAUGAAAGCCACACAAAUUUUAAUCAUGGUUGUAGGUCAUUUGAAGGCUCUAAUAAAGCAUAAUUUAUCCAUAUGUACCAUCUGUCUAGUAGCUAUUUUAUAUGACUGCACAAAAGCCACAAAAGAAUUCUAUUUAAUUUCUAUAUAUGUGUGUGUGUGUGUGCGUGUGUUUUCUGUUAGACUUUUUGUCCAACAUUAAGUCCCAAGAAACUCAAUAUAUUACUCGUUUAUAAACUUUUUUCGCUUAGACUUUUUUGAGAAACUAUAGACCUGAUUUCCGAGAGAAUCCAAUAUUACUAUGUUCUUGUGUAUUUUUGGCUAACAUUUUAACAAUUUCUCUGUUUUAAUGGUGUUAAGAAACUUUUGUUUAUUUUUAUAAAAAUAGUGUUGUUCACUAUUAUGUUUAGUAGAUGACUUUUCCCGUGCAGAUUUCAAUUACAUUAAUGAACAAUGUGUCAACUUUUUAUAAUGCACAAUAUGCAAGUUUUUUAAUUUAGUUUAAUAUGAGCUACUAAUUGCAUACAUAUAUGAUUGAGUAUAUGUAUAUUAAUGACUAAUAUGCUUUUUUCAAGCUUUAAAAAUUAUUUUCCCACCAUGAGAUUGAUAAUAAAGUUACUGAAAAAAUAUUGUUUAUGUGUCAAUAUUAGCUGUGACAGUUUUAAAAUAUACUCCGUAUGUACGUAUUUUGUACCAUUACUUGAUUAUAAGUUUCUGAAACGUUUAUUUAUGUGUUUUUGACUUAAUUAUGCAUUAUGCAGAUUUUCUUUUAUUCUUUUUAUUAGUGUUUUUUGUGUGAGAAAGCAACUCUUCGCCUAGCGCAUACGCUUUUAAUGAAAGCCCACCAUCAUUAUAUUACUUUUAUUUUUUAUUUUUCAUUUUAAAUAAGUUUUCCUAUAAAGAACCAGAAAAUCAAAAAUUGGACUAUGUUGUGAAUUGUGAUUAAAAAAGUAUUAAAAACGCAUGAAUAAAACCUAUAAGAAAAUGAUAUUAUGUAUGUAGUAUUUGUUCAAUGCGUGGUUUAUGGAUAAUAUUUUCUUAUGAUUGUACUCUUUUAUUUUCAACAUAUUCUUACAUAUUUUAUGGGAUAUAGAGUUGAAUGCAUGCAAUUAAGUGGUCUAGUGCUUAUAUAUAUGGGAUAUAGAAUUUUAUAAAAUUUGUUGAAACCUUUAAUGGGCGAGAGGGACACAUUAGAUAGAUGUCCCUGUAGAGGUUGUUUAAAUCUAAAAGUUCAAGAUAAAAAAAAACAGUGAAAAUUCAUCUUUUAGAAUACUAGAUAUAGAUCCUGGCUACAUUACAUGGUUUUAUCAUGGUGAAGCAUCUAGUUCGCUAACUUUUGGGAGUGCAGAUAACAAUAGAGAGGAUGUAAUGGAUACUGAUUUUGAAAAAAGUGUUGAAGAAGAAGAUGAGGAUGGUAUUCGAUCAUAAAAUGUUGUUUGACCUUGGCCAACAAUAUGAUCAACAUGACAUUGAUAAUAUGUCUUCUGAAAAUCACAAUUACAAUGGCAUGUGGUCUUCCGGUAUAUUUAGAGGCAUUGGUAAGUAACGCUCAAGCAGAACUAUUAUCGAGGUUGUAUGAAAAUUUCAAGGUUAUCUUUUACCAUAUCAUGUCGUUGUUGCACAUUAAAGUGUACAAUAUGUUGAGUGGUAAAGAUAUGGAUAUGAUCUUGAAAUUGAUGAAGUCACCUUUACCUAAUGGUGUGACGCUUCGAAGUUCCUACUAUGAUGGCACACAAAUAUUGUGGGGCUUGGGGUUGGGAUAUGAAUGUAUGCAUGCUUGUAAGUACGAUUGUGUUCUAUUUUGGAAUAAUAAUAAUAAUUUGGAUUGCUUCCCAACAUGUGGAACCUCUAGAUGGAAAGUUGAUGAUGGUAAUAGGAAGAAGAUACCACAUAAAAUUUUACGGUACUUUCCUUUAAAACCUAGCUUGUAACUCCUUUUCAUGUCUCAAAAAACAUGUGAAAAGAUGGUCUCGCAAAAAGAGAAAUGGAUUGAUGAUGAUUAUAUGAGACAUCCUCCUGAUUCUGCAGCAUGGAAAGACUUUGAUAAUGAAUAUCCUUGGUUUGCAAGUGAUCUUAGGUUAGCUUUAGCUGCAGAUGGUUUCAAUCCAUUUGAAAACUUAAGCUCAACUUAUAGCAUGUGCCCGGUAAUUUAAGCCCCAUUGAAUCUGCCCUCAUGGAAUUGUAUGAAAGAAUCAUUCUUGAUGUUGUAUUUGCUGAUUUCAGGUCCUAUGUUACUUCACCUAGAAAGGAUAUUGAUCUCUACUUACAACCAGUAAUGAAGAUUUAAAAGGGCUGUGGGUUGACAAGGCUAAAACAUUUGAUUCUUCUACCAAAAAGAAUUUUCAAAUGCAUGAUUCUGUUUUGUGGACUAUUAAUGACUUUCCUGCAUACGGCGAUUUGUCGGUAUGGAGUACUAAAGGGUACAUGGCUUGUCCAUUUUGUAAUGAACGGACAUAUUCUUAAAGAUUAUGAAGCAAGCUAUGUUAUAUGGGGCAUCGUCGUUAUUUAUCCAAAAAUCACGCAUGGAGAAAAAGCAAGAAGUUUGAUGGUAAAUGAGAAGAUAGUGAGGCAUCUAUGGAAAUGAGUGGGGAGGAUGUCAUGAUGCAGUUAGAGAGUUUAACAAAUUUGUCACCAGGAAAGCAUGAUAGUAAGAAGAGGAAGUGUGCGUCUCAUGAAUUGAAUUGGACUAAACACAACAUCUUUUUUAAUUUGCCUUAUUGGAGCAAGCUAAAGUUAAGACAUAAUUUAGAUGUAGUGCAUAUAGAGAAGAACAUCGGUGAGAGUAUAUUGGGAACCUUUAUGAAUAUAGAUCGUAAAACCAAGGAUACUGAUAAGUCAAGAAGAGACUCGGAGGACAUGAACACCCCAUUCUCAUUUUUUCAGAUAGGUCUCUCAAAUCCCUAGCCGGCCAGAAAUGCCACAACAGGUGAAGCCUUGCCUUUUUUGCCUUCGAACAAGUAGCCACAGCCACAAGAAGACGUCCGUGCACAGAAGAAUUUAAGGGUCAUCAGAGGAUUUGGCCAUGUGUGCAAGCAGUGAAGGUUUUGUGAGUGUUGACCGGAUAUACGAAUGUUUCUUCCCUCUCUGCAACCUCUCCUACCUGCACCCUUCCCUUCCACUUGAGUCUGUUAAGUUCAGCUGCUUCGCUCACGUGCAAUCACAUGUUCUGCUGUUCUGCAACACACUUCCCCUGGUGACCUAGCACAGAAUACAUGUUACAAGUUUGUUGAAUGAAGAUAUUUAUGAAUCUAAAGAGGCACAUUUGACUACUGCAGUGUACUAGUGCAGACUUGUUUUGUUUGUCGUUACGGAAAUUGCAUUUUUUGCGAAGAUGAAGUAGUUGGCAGAAAUAAAAGAAGCUCUUUUUAUGACAGAGAUGAUGAGCCUCCGUGACAAAAGUCAAGAAUGAGAGAUUUAUAAUGAAUUAUAACUAAAUAUUUCAUUCUUGUAAUUAGUUAUAUUGUACAACUAAUGUUUUUGUAUUUACAAUGAUAGUAUAUCUUUUGUAUUUUGAAAAUGAAUUUGAAUUUUCGCGAAAGACAUAAUGUAACUUGGUUGAAUAAUUGGUUAUCAUGUAUUCAUUUUGGUAUAA